AUAUAAAAUAGGGCGUAGGGAGUGGUGUUUAAUAGGUGUCUAGCUGGAGGCGUGUAUACGUUGGGAAGCUAUUAUUCAUACAUCUACUCGGCCCGCAACGCUGCCCGCUGUUCGCAGCUCGAAUAGUACUUGCUUUUCACGCGUAUCGCCGUUAACGAUUCCUAGCGGAGCUCGACCUCCAACCUAGCCUCCACCAUCACCACCCCUCUACCGGCAACCCGCACCUCCACAGCUCAAGCUGAGCACUGCGACCUCCCCUAGCCAUCCACCAUGUCGCAGGUCCACGCCAUGUCCGACGACCAGGUCGCCGGCGAGCUGAAGAAGAUGACCGCCUUCAUCCGGCAAGAAGCUCUCGAGAAGGCCAACGAGAUCCGCCUCAAGGCCGACGAGGAGUUCGCCAUUGAGAAGUCGAAGCUGGUGCGCCAAGAGACGGCCGCCAUCGACUCGUCCUACGAGAAGAAGUUCAAGCAGGCCUCCAUGUCGCAGCAAAUCACCCGCUCCACCGUUGCAAACAAGACCCGGCUACGUGUGCUGAGCGCCCGCCAGGAGCUGCUGGAUGACCUAUUCCUGCAGGCGGGGAAGAAGCUCCCCGACUACACCAAGGAUAAGGCCAAGUACCAGAAGAUCGUGACGAAUCUGAUUCUGGAGGGGCUGUAUGCGCUCAACGAGAGCAAGGUGGAGGUCAAGGCGCGGAAGGCCGACUACGACAUUGUUAAGAAGGCUAUCCCUGAUGCGCAGAAGGAGUACAAGAAGAAUGUGGAGAAGGAGGUCGCCAUAAGCAUUGAUGAGAGCGAUCCGCUGCCCGAGGGCUCGUCUGGUGGUGUAUUCGUGGUUGGUACCGGCGGCAGGAUCGACAUCAACAACACCCUAGAGGAGCGAUUAAAGCUGCUAGAAACGGACGCUCUACCUUCCAUCCGAGUCACAUUGUUUGGAGAAAACGAGAAUCGGAGAUUCCACGAUUGAGAAUGCAUGGUGCGGCAGCAUAGUAGGAGAAGGAAGCUGAUCCGGACGAGUGGUGCGGUACUGGCUGGACAGAUGAGCAUCUAUAGUCGUUUGGCUGCUAUAGGAGUAGGAGGUCUUCCCGUUUCCUGGUACAUCCUUAGCGGUACUUGUAGAAUAUGUGGACUCUUGUUUUGGUUCUAAACUGUGCAAAGUCUUAUUCCAUAAACAGUAGUGGGGUAUUUUGCUACACUAAUCUAAAACUUCUUACUACAUCAAUCUCACCGCUUAUGAAGAAUGUUCGAACAACUUCUAGCUCAGCAGGUGAAGCUCCAUGUAGGCCAUUG